ACUCCAUAGUGUGAGAGAGGCGGGGGAAGGAGAGACCAGAGAGAGGGAGAAUUCAGGGCCUCGCCAAAUAAAGCCAUGGGGGCCUGGGCUGGGACGGCCCGUUGCACGCUAUAAAUACGCUGGGCUUCUGCCGAUUCGGGUUUGGUGGCUGGACCUGCGCAGCAGUAACCACACCAGCCCAACUCAGGAGAAUCUCAUCCACACUCAGGCCCUCAGCCAUGCCACGGGUGGACGCGGACCUCAAACUGGACUUUAAAGAUGUCCUGUUCAGACCAAAGAGGAGCAGCCUGAAAAGCAGGUCAGAGGUGGACCUACAGAGGACCUUCACAUUCCGCAACUCAAAGCAGACCUACAGUGGCAUCCCAGUCAUCGCAGCUAACAUGGACACCACAGGUACUUUUGAGAUGGCACAGGUGCUGAGCAAGCACACGCUCUUCACCGCCAUCCACAAACACUACUCCCUGGAAGAGUGGAAGACCUUUGCAGCCAAUCAUCCAGAGUGCCUAGAGCAUGUGGCGGCCAGCUCGGGCAGCGGCAAGGCUGAUCUGGACAAACUGUGCAGCAUUCUGGAAGCCAUUCCACUUAUUAAGUACAUCUGCCUGGACGUGGCCAAUGGAUAUUCAGAGCACUUUGUGGAGUUUGUCAGAACAGUUCGGGAGAAGUUCCCUAACCACACCAUCAUGGCUGGAAACGUGGUGACAGGAGAAAUGGUGGAGGAGCUCAUCCUGACAGGAGCUGAUAUCAUCAAAGUGGGCAUUGGGCCAGGUUCUGUAUGCACCACUCGCAUCAAGACUGGAGUGGGUUAUCCACAGUUAAGUGCAGUCAUUGAGUGUGCGGACUCAGCUCAUGGACUAAAAGGACACAUCAUCUCUGAUGGAGGCUGCAGCUGUCCAGGAGAUGUUGCCAAAGCCUUUGGCGCAGGGGCAGAUUUUGUCAUGCUGGGAGGCAUGCUGGCCGGGCAUGACCAGUGUGCGGGUGACAUCAUCGAGAAGAAUGGAACGAAGUUCAAGCUGUUCUAUGGGAUGAGCUCAGACACAGCCAUGAAGAAAUAUGUCGGUGGUGUGGCAGAGUACAGGGCAUCUGAGGGCCGGACGGUGCAGGUGCCCUAUAAGGGUGAUGUGGAGAACACAAUCAGAGACAUCCUGGGAGGUCUGCGCUCCACCUGUACUUAUGUAGGAGCAGCCAAACUAAAGGAGCUCAGCCGCAGGACCACCUUCAUCAGAGUCACACAGCAGUCCAGCCAAAUGUUCACCUAGGCCCAUCCAGUAGUACAUCCAGAUUACAGAUACAUCCCGUACUGUCCACAACACCUAUCAGGGUAACAUGCAGAUCAGCCACACUCUCAAACCCAGCCAACGACUGUAGCAGCUACUGAAAGACUCAGACAUACAGCCUACAGUACCUCACCUACUUCUGUGUCAGCCAGGAUGUUCUGAUUCGUGCAUGUUUCUUGGGUACGAGGAUCUUUCAUUGAGACACAAUAAAACAAUGCCACAGAUUCCUUCUGUUUCGCUCAGGACCCGUGCUGUAUGAUACUAUACACUUCCUUGUGAAAGCAUCCAAUUUACAGCAUGAUUCAACCUGUUGUUAAUGUAAGCUCUCCAAGCAUGUGUGUGAUGGCAAUGAAGAUGAAGUAUGACAGAGGUUGAAUAGGGACUCAUCAUAUAAGCCCUUCGGGAAUACAGUGUUUGGAGAAUUCAUUCACUGAAACUAUGCAACAAUGAUGGCUUAAGUGGAAUAAAAGCAAUGCUUAUUCUCCUUAUUCAGCAGAAAUACUACAUGUCGACUAAAACGUUGUGACGGCUUGUGGGUGCGUACUAGCACUUUAUAUGUUUUAGUGUAUGUAGCGAAUGCAACUUCUGUCUUGGUUUGAGCAGAGACUGGUACACAGCCCAUUGUAUUAUUUCUGUUGGCCUGCUUCCUUCAUGAAUGUACACUGGGUGUGGUGGGACGUCGUUGUAGACCAGAGGAAUGUGAAAGGCUGCACUGCCUAAUGUGCUGUUCACUUAGGUUUGUAAACUUCAGAUCAGGAAGUAUGUACUUUCAUGUCAAACUGAGUAAGACAUUUUAAGCGACAGAGUAAUAAAGCUAUAUCAGUGAUGA